CGAGGAGCCAUACCAUCUACGGCAGCCGCCAUAAGUUGGGUGUCCGCGAGGGACUCGAACGAUCCCCAGAAGGACUUGUACGACGCUCCGCCUGACACGCUAGCGAACUGACCUUGAGCAGACUCGGAGCGUAUGUUCGCGCUUGAUGCCGAGCCGAUGGAAUGGAGCUCGGCGGUCCGGGUGCAUUGCGUGUCGUCGCGAGCACGUUUCGCUGGUCGCGCAGCGGCUGGGCCCGCCUGUGAGUGUUCCUCGUCUGAUACAGCUGGCCGUUUGCCACCGGUGGAUCGAUGAGAGUCGCGGGAACCACUGGCAUGUGGAACGUCGACUCGGAUGUCGGACUCAGGUGGCAGUGUGCCUUGGUGGGAGAGACGGAGACCGGUGACAGUAGGGACGUGGGUGCUUCGACUGGAACAGUGUUGGACGUUUGCGAGGUGAGUGCUUGGGCCUGAGCCAUGGGCGAUGUUUGCGGAGGAGGUGCCUCGAGCUGGGCCGUGGGCGACGGUUGGGCCACGACGCUUGCCGGCUAUCAUGGUAUGCAACGGAGACAAGCAGGCCACGUACUAUGCGCUUGGUCUUCGCUGCUCGCGCGGUGACCCCGGGGCGCGUUUGAUUGAGUAUUUUGAGGUGGCAUGUGUCACAGCAUGCUCCCGUGGUGGCUGUGAAUGGGCUCUCAAAUACAAGACACCUCGGCAGCAACUGGUACUCUGCACAAAGGUCAGGAUCCUCUCCUCGAAACACACACCGUCAAACCUCACAUGCGAGAUCUGGGAGUUUCGACGGUCGCUUGCCGAGGACCGCAUCUACGGGACUCGGCUGGGACGUACUAUUAUUGACAGCGACAAAGACUCGGAUGUUGUCCCAAACAUUGUCGCGGCCGGUUUCUUGCAGCUUGCGGGCUCGCUGAGCAAGCACAACAACUUGAAGAUGAUGAUUCGGCCCAGGAAGUGCUGCAGGAGAACCGUGACAUCACCUCUUGUCAGCGUCGCUAUGUACUCUGGGCCCAGCACGCGAUCAGGUCACCGCACCGCCCGACACUGCACAAGACCGCCGGAGCGAACGGACGGGAUCCACAUCGGAGCCAUCAAACGCUGACGCAGUCAAUACAACGGCAGGUCACGCAACGGAAGAAAUGGCUCCUUCGCAGGGGCUAUCCGAUGACGACUACUAGUCGGAUAGAAAAGAGACGGCGGGAGACUGGAGUCGGGAGAAUUGGCUUGGUUGAGGCUGCUUACGGCCACUGAGACUCGCAACUGCAACACAUUGACCACCGCCCUCUAUAGUGGCGAGCGCAAUGCGCGCGAUUUCUCUAAGUGUCGUUUCUCACGGGGUACCAAAU